UAUUAUAACUAAUGGAGGUAGAGAAAGUCACUGAAGGCAAUAGAACAGUCAUAUGUUUUGAACACAAUAACCAAAAACAAGAGCUUUAUUAUAUACCAGAGAACUUUGAUCAGCUGAUUGAGGAAGUUAGUACUUUCCUUACAGAAAAAUGAGGCUCAGAAGACCAAGACAUGAGACUGUUUUACUAUGAUUUUGAUAAGGAUAAAGUUAACAUAAGAAAGUACUCAGAUUUUGAAUCGGCUCUAAAGUACUGCGACAGGAAUUGCAUCUAUUUGUUAAAAAUAUAUCUAAAACCUCAGACAAAUGAUAUCUCUAGUGAUGAAGAGGCUGAUAUUAUUCCUGAUGAGGAUGCUAUCCCAAACCACGUGCCCGAGCACUCUAUUGAUAAAUCAAAUUCACGUAACAACAAAGUCUUCUCUCAUGGAUUUGAUGAAUACGCUUUAAGGCAGGAUGAAGAGGAGAAUGCUAAUUUAAUGAUGGAGAACUCCAAGAUUAAUGACAACUAUUUUGAUUGCUCAUACUCUAAAUCAGGGAAAAGCUACAGCGUUCUCAAGCCAGCCAGUAUUACAUUAAUAGACAGGCUUGACCCAGAUGCCAAGCCUAAGUCAGGUGUUGUCAAAGGUUGGUGGAGUAAAGCAACUAAUUCCCUCGGGAUAUCCACUGAAAGUAGGGAAGAACUGUCUGAGUAUGCUAGAGUUACUAAAUCCAUCCCCAUUCUUGGAAACGAAGAUAUUAUAUUAGCAAUCCCAGGCUCUGUCGUGAAGAAGACAUGGAGAAUUUCUAACAAAUAGUGCACUUAAAUGGCCAAGUGGGAUAAAAAUGAUCGCAAAGCCUGACUAUGUUUGAAAUACACCUAAUAUUGAUAUUGAGUUAGAGAAUGGAGAAAUUUGUGAUCUUAGUGUCAGGAUAUUGGUACCCAUUACCCAGCCCGAUGACUCCUUAAUAAAUAUGAAAUUUGUUAUGUUUAAUAAGAGUAAUAAAAAAUUUGGAGAAACUCUUGAUGUUACCAUCCAAGUCGACCGGAAUGAAUUUUUCAUGCAAAAUACCAAGCUAAUCAACGAAAAAGAUGAAUUCACAACUGAUAGAGUCACAAACAGGAAAGACAUUAUCCAAAUGGUGAGAUACAAUAUAGAUGAGAAUGAUUCAGAUGGCCCUGACUCUCUUAUGAUAACAUAAUAGACAUAUAAUUAGAGAUUAGCUCUUCUCACUG